AAUCAGGUUUAGCGGAUUGAAAUACAUAAAAAUCAUGCUUGAUCUAACUCCACAAAAUUUUUGACCGAAGUAUGUGUCGAUCACAUCAGGCAUAUGAGUGGCGGCAAAAAAAGGAGAGAGCCGAAAAUUGAUGAUGAAAAUGACAAACAACAAGUUUUCUUAGGUGACGGGGAGUGGGUUAAGAGGGUAUUUUAUGAUGCCUUAAUGGGUGCCAAAAUGCCCCAGUUCUUGGAUACAGCAGCAGACCACAUAUUUGGACAGAAUGUAUUAUUGAAAAGCACAAUCACAGGAAAACCUUCUAAUAGAUCAAAAAAUAUUCAAGUGGAGAAACCAGAACAGUUAGAUGCUCAUUUAAUGCAGCGUAUGAGAGAUUCAAUUUAUUUUCUGAUGUCUACCUUUUUUGUAGUGACUCUUCUUUUUCGCUUUUCCUUUCUUCCUUGCAGCCAUCGACUCAAGCUUUUUUACUCUUUUCCGUUUCCUAGCGUACUUCUACUUCUUCUAAAGUCAGCCAUUUUCAAGCACUGGCUGUAUACGUCAGUUCAUGCCUGCUUUUUAUCAACAGUAAAACGAGAUUACCAUUUAGGUAGGCUCGAGUACUAUCUUGGUAGACGCAUAGCUUCAAUAAAAAACAACGUAAAUGGGUACCAGAAAAGGAAGUCCGGCUCAAAACAGGUAUCCCGUGAUGGUGCUAGCGAUGGUGGUAAUGGUCAUGUCGGUGCUGGCGCCGGCAGUUCUGAUGGCAAUGGUGUUCCUAUUGACAAUGAGGAUACUGGUGAUGAAGGUAAUCAUGGUAAGAACGACCAAUCACAUGAAAAUAUCGAGGUUGAAGAUGAGGAAGAGAUCCUUAUCAAACUACGCAAAGAUGUUGAGAGCGAAAAUGACAAAAAUGAUGAGGAAGAUAAAGACGGAGAUAGCAAAGACCAAGUCGAGAAUGAGGAGGAGGAGGAAGAGGAAGGGGAUAAAAGUAGUUUAAAUAGCGGAGAUGAUGAUGAACUUUUAAAAUUAAAUAAGUAUGAUGAUUUUAAAAAUGACUCUUUGUUUAAUGACUCAUAUGAUUCAGAUGACUCGAGACUCUUUAUAGCAGAUGAUGAGUGACCUUGUAUGUUCCUAUUAUAAGUUUAAAACUA